UAAGCCUUAUAGUCACAAAGGUGGAGACUAAAGUCAGUCCUCUCUCCUCAGGCCAUAUAAUCACUGCUUUAUGCAGACAAGUACAAGUUGGUACCAAAGCCCUGCUAUUCCUACCUUAUUUCAUGAGAAUCGAUCGGACAAUUGAACAGGGCAAUGGAGAAGAAAUAUCCACACUUUCCUUUGAGGACCUUGUUGAGCUUUCUGCUUGUGUUUUUGCUUCACAGAUCAACUGAAGCGCAACAGAUAUGCUCCAUGCCUGGGGCAACGCCUCCCACUAUUCGAGAGAACAAUGCUGUUGGUGCUGUUGUGACCACAAUCACCACAGAAGAAGGAGUGACCCUAACUAUUGUCAGUAAUCCUGCAGACUCUUUUGGUCUGAAUGGCAAUGAUCUUACAGCGGUAAAAGUUUUGGACUAUGAGACUAAAACGUCUUUCACCAUUGACCUUCUUUGUAAAAAAGGUGACCAAUUUCUCACUCUAAUAGUAGUGGUACUUAUUGAGAAUGUGAAUGACAACCCACCAGUAUUUGCAGAAAGCCAGUACACUCUCAAUGUCGAUGAGUUGUCACCUGUAGGCAAAAGUGUCGGUGCAAUUGAAGCAACAGAUGCAGAUAAGGAUCGACUCUAUUACAGCCUAGUGCCAGAUACAGAGGGUUUUAGACUGCAAGAAAACAGCCCAAAUAUACUGGUGCAACAUGUUCUUGACUAUGACACAGUGACAAGUGUGACACUUAUAUUAUCUGCUCAGGAUACCCCCUCAUCCACACCACCUUCAUUCACUGCCACAACCACUAUCCAUGUCAACAUCUUGGACAUUGACAACCGUCCACCAUGGUUUCAGCCCUGCACAGAAACCAUAGUUGACAUGUCCAAAAUCUGCCUCAGCUCUGGAUAUACAGGAACAGUCAACUUAACAGAGCAAGAGGUUGGUGCAUUGCCAUUGCUGCCAGGUCCGGUGCAUGCCAUUGAUGGUGACAAAGGCUUAAAUAUGCCGAUAAUGUACAGAUUUCCAACCGGGUCUGAGUCUGACAUUUUCCAGAUCAAUCAGAACACUGGGGACAUCACCAUGUUGAAGGCGGCAGAUAUAGCGGGUCCACUGACCUUAACAGUUUUGGCUUUACAGACACCCAAUGGCGACCAGUUCGCGACCACAACGGUCACUAUCGUUGUUGUGAAAAAGAGUGUGAACCCGCCGCAGUUUGAGAAGAUGGAGUAUGAGGGCUUCAUCUCUGCAGACGCGGGAGUAGACAGCAUGGUUCUGGAGAGCAAAGCCUCCAACAGGCCACUCAAGGUCCAGGCCAAGGACACAGACUAUGCUGAUGGCAUCAACCCUGAUGUGAGAUAUGAGGUUCAGGGAAGCACUGAAUUCUCCAUUACCCCGCAAGGCUUCAUCCUCAUGACUAAAAACGUUAUGCCAGGCACUGUUUCCAUGAAUUUGCAUGCCAUCGACUCAUCCAAUGCAGAAUCAACUACAGCAUCUCUCAAGGUGGAGGUCAUGCCAGGGAUUACAACCAUGGCCCCAACCACCACUGACAUGGCCACCACUGACAUGGCCACCACUGACAUGGCCACCACUGACAUGGCCACCACUGACAUGGCUACUGCCACCCAUGCCGCCAUCAAAUCCACAACAGAAGGGGUUCUUGGGGCCCCAGGUGGGUAUGGUCCUGGGGACAUGGCUGCCCUGGGUGCUAGCCUGGCUGUGUUACUGGUCAUCUCUAUGGUCGUCAUUGGCCUGCUCGUCUUCCGCAUCCAGAAGGGCAAGACAGAUUGGAGGAAGCUGUCAGAGGCCAACAUCUUCCGUAGCUCUCUUGGGAAAGGUCCUGGCGAACUCAAGGGUGGGGUGCAGUACACCAACGAGGGCUUCCAGAAUGACGGAGACACUAGCAGCGUGGGAUCCAAAGGCCCAGAGGAGAUGGAUGGGAAGCGGCCCAUCGGGAAUGGAGUGACCUCCAGAGCUGUGGAGGAGACUGUCAUGAAGAUCUCAGCUCCACUGUACUCCAACCUUCUGCUUGACACCAGCAGCCUGGCAGGGUCUGAUAAGGCCGACAGCGAGAAGGAGGUGAAGCCCAUCCUGACCAAGGAGAGGCGUGUGGAGGAGGGCUACAAGUCAGUUUGGUUCAAAGAGGACAUCGACCCCAAUGCCAAGGAGGAAGUGGUCAUCAUACCUGACAAUGGGGAGCGGGAAGGUGACGACGAUGAUGAUGAUGAGGAAGAGGAGGGGUUUAGAGAGGAGGAAGAAGAAUAUGACAACUCGUCACCACAGACCCCAAAGGUGUUGUUCUCUGAUGCUGAUAUGAAUGAUGGCCGUGGAGUGAAGUUUGAGGAUUCUGAGAAAGAAAAGGUCCAGACGUCUGACCUGUGAGGAGUAGAGGGGUAGGCCUGCACUGGAUUUAGCUUGCCUUGUCUGUUUGGGUGGGUGAGCUUUUCUUUUUUUGUUCAGUUGUGCCGGGUAAGCUAAAUAUUGCGCAAUUGGGGCCCCAUUUAUAAUUGUUGUGAAAAUUCCACACUAAAUAUCUGUGUGCGCCAUUUCUGAAAAUAAUACGUACGUCUAAAAAUAUUGAGAUUUCUAAACUUGGCACAUGCCCUACAAACACGUUUACCAUUAUAAUUCAGACCUGUCGGUAAACUGUGCACACAUGGACAAGCAUUCUAACUCUGUCAGAAAAAGUCCUUUCAUUCACCUUUUAUAGUGACAAUAACGCCCUUUAUUUGCUGUAUAAUUUGGAACUAUUGGAAUUAGGCCACGUAGGUUUCUGAAAGAAAGAGUAAUGGCAAAUUUGAUUACAUUUUGUAGAGGUGUGUGCAGAAUGUUUUAGUUUUUUACAGUCCCUUUUUCAAACUUAACAUUCAUAAUGCCUAUAGUGAGUGCCAAGCACAUUAUUGAUUGUAUAUGCAAAACAAUUUUACUUUGACAGUAUGGGUAUAGGCUACAGUAUUGCUGUGCAAUAGGAGCGUGACAUCAUAGCCUGUUUAAGCCUAUACCAAGACAGGAGAUAGAAACACAAUCAUCGAUUGGUACACUAAAUAUUGAACAACAAUUAGUCUUUUGUGUAAAACUGUGGGCUGUAGCAUUUUACUUAAAACUACUGGUCUAUUUACUGAGUUGGCAGAUUGUUUUAAUCUUUUGCAGUAACAUUCUGUAUUUAGCAAAGGACUGUGACAAUUUCUGAAGGAGAAAUGAUGGUAAAUAGUUGUGGACCUGUCAGCAGAACGUCUGACCUCAACAAUGUUUUACGUUGACCUUCCCCCAACCUAAUAUGCUGGGAAGGUGAGACAUUUAUUCUGCAAUGGUUAUGAAAAUAAAAUAAAUAGGAAUAGAUUCCUAUGUCUAAUCAUUCAACAACACAUUUUUUUACAGAAAUUGCUUCAUCUUGUUAUUCUGUUUUUAUGAAUAAGCGUGUCGUAAUAGCAACCAUUUGCACAAAAUACUUAUGCCGUGUUCACAUGCUAGUCGGAACUAGAAAACCAGCACAUUUUUGACUUGCUAACUGGUUGUAGUUAUACACGUGUCGCGUUCAACCUGUUAGCAAGUCAGACAUUUCUGAGUUUCCUAGUUCCGAUGAGCACGUGAACACAGCAUUACUGGCCUGCUUGCAAUACAAUACUUCAACCACUAGACAAUGUGUGUGUGCGUGGUGUAAAGUUUGCGUGGAGGGACAUUCUCAAGUUAAAUUUUGAUAAAUGCCCAAAAACUGUUUCGGGGUAUAUUUUGUAUGUACGCAACAUUUAUAAAUGAGGCCUCUGAAGUGCUGUACUGUAUGUGAAAGAAAGAAAUGCUCUUUUCUGCACCAGGAUCCCACCUGUCUGAAGCAUCACAUCAACCUUUUACUGCACUGGGCUAAAUCAGGGUCACACAGAGUGUUUCUUGGUAGUCUUAAACAAAUCUACUUUGAAAACAAAGUAUACACUUCACACACAUGGUUAUGGGCUUAAAAAAGAAGAAUCCUGCAUUAUGUCAGAUAUUGAGUUAAAAUGUAUUCAAUUUUGAGCAUCCCAAUAUUACACUUUAUAUACAUCACAGCAGAUUGAAAUAUAACAAAACCGCUUGACGUAGAAACACUGGAUUUUUAACAGGUUUUUUAAAAUGAUGUUUAUUAAUUAUGACAUUUUGAAAAAUAUUAAUUACAUUUCACUCUUGAGGCCACUAGAGGGCGAUUUGGUCAUUUGACUGCAGGAAUGAGGUUUUAAACUACUAUUUUAUUGGACAACAUGUUAGAACUUUGCUGCUUUCUCAUCAAUCCUGGAAACAUUUAGUCCUGCCAUACUUGCUCUCCAUUAUUAAUCAUGUGGAACUUUGACCCUAGUACACAUCAUCAGUCAUGCUUCCUUGUUGCUUACCGAAACUCUGCUGUUCACUAAUCAGUAACUCACUUUAUUGCUUGAUACAGUACUAUUAGAAAAUGUGUUAUCAUACACAAAAACAAACAGAAAAAAAUAACAUUAAGUGCAAUGUUUACUCAUUUUGUUUUCCCGUUGUUCGGGUAAGAUCAUUCAUGGCUUGAACUUAAGCUUCAACUUUCUUGUAUCUUUGUAAAUAAUGGAUGUUAAAAAUAAAAUUAUUUAUGUAAUAAUAAAGAACACAAGUAUGAUUUGACAAACCAAAUAUUGAAUGAUCAUGUCUCACAUGAGUUUGAUAAUACAGACACCUGAAUGUAAAAACGUGUCAGUACAGAUGCUGAUAGCAACAAGUCCUCCAUUGUUAGUGCUUGUUUAUGAUAAGGCCCUGGUUACCAGCAGUCUGGGGCUGUAAAGAGCAAUAGACUGAUGCAAACAAGUGCACUUUGUACUCUAAUAAAAUAGUCAUCCAUGUACAAUAAUCAUAGAUGUUCUAUAUUUAUGAGAAUGAGUACAUCUUAACCCAUGACAUACCAGGGGAGAACAAGUCCACUUGUCAAUCAAAUCCAUCACAGGGACUGAAUUAAAAUGUUAGCUAUUUGUCACUGCAGUAUUUGUGUGGAAUUACCAAAAUAAUGUUGUGCCUAACGACCCCACACGUGUUCAAGUAUCAGCAAUAUCACUAUUAUCUAAUGUUCAAUUCCAAAUCUGCAUAGGAAGCAAUAUCCUCAUAACAUUGAAUAAUACACAUGUAUAAAUGUACGCAGGAAGAAAAGCAUGUAGAGGGCAUGCUGAGUCCAUAUAGAUGGGGAUGCGCUGAAGUGAUUCGAAAGUCAAACGAAAGCACAUUCAUUUCCACUCAGCAACAGCAAGGCCAUAACAAAUUGUGAUAAACAUCGCUGUUGGUGCAACUUCACAACUCCACCCAAUCUGCUGCAAUUACUCUGAAAUAACACAACAUACACACAAAUGCCAAAUAACUGGGAGUUAAGUCUUUAUUUAAUUCAUUAAUCUCUUUACACACACAAAUAUGAAAUAGAGGUCAUGAUUAAAUAGGGAGAUUAACCAGGGAAAUGAACGCAGGAAAAUGCACCCACUUACUCAUAAAACAAACAAGACUGAAUGCUGUAGAAAAUUAGUUAUGAUACUUGUCUGCUUAUCCUCUUUUUCAAGGACAAAUAUUAUUUUUACCAAGUUUGUUAUUUUAAAAUAAUCAUUUUAAAUCUAUGAAAGCACGAGAGACUGAAAAAUAGCUUCUAUCUCAAGGGCAUCCGACUGUUAAACAGCCAUCACUAACACAUAGAGGCUGCUGCCAACAUACAGACUUGAAAUCAUGUGUCACUCGUCACAUUAAUGAUGACACUUUAAUGAUUUUUACAUAUCUUGCAUUACUCAUCCCAUUUGUAUAUACUGUAUUUUAUACCAUCAGGUGUUUUAGCGUUACACUCUUUUCAACAUUAUUUCACUAUCUAGAAGGUUUGGAUUAAAUGCGGAUGCAGAAGACACAUUUUGGUUGAAUGUAUUCAGUUGUGCAACUGAAGAGGUAUCCACUUUCCCUUCCUCUUAUAUUGCUUUGGCAAAUCCCACCCUAUCGUUGUCCCGGUCAAAGACUGUGUAGUAAGCUCCAAUGAAGAUAUCUCCCAGGGUCCAGCCAGGGAAGCCUAAGGGGGAAAAUCCUAAAAGGCAGACUUUCUUUCCCCUCGUAGUCCACUGUUCACACACACACACACACACACACACACACACACACACACACACACACACACACACACACACACACACACACACACACACACACACACACACACACACACACACACACACACACACACACACACAGUUAAGAAGGUAAGAAGGAGCACCAGUGACAUCUACAGAUAUACUAACAAGGUUUCUAUUAUAACAGCCUGUAUAAUGAUGCUACAUUAUUACACUGUAUAUUUCCAUGUGCCUUUUACUUUCCUAGACUCUGACUAUGCUAACAUUACAUUGCAGUAUCAUAUGAUAUACAUGAUAUAUAUACAGUAAAUAUAUAGUGCAUUUAGUUCUUUACAAACUGCCUGAUACUCUAUACACUGUACAUACCCUGAGAAUAUACUGUUCUCCAUUCAGAGGGUAGACCUUUCCACUGACAGUGAAGGAGACACUGGGGAGGGAGGACACUUUCUCACAGUCAACCGUGUACUGUGAAACAAGUAACAGAUAGUGUUUAACAACAGUAAAACCACCCUCUUACAGCUAACAUGCUUUAAUGUCAACAGAAUCCAUAGAGAGAUGUGAAAUGGCUAUUCAAGGACCUAUUUAGCUUCAUGAUUACAAAUAUAUUCACCCUCUUUGGUUUGGUAGAUACCAGGAGGAUAUUACUCGUUGGUUGGUAUGCAUUUUCUAAAGAAAAGGAUUAGGGAGAUAUUGUAGAGAGAAGAGAUAAUAGGUGAUUCUAGUUUCUGUCAUCUGUCAUGUUCUACCUUUCCACGGUUCCAGGGCACAGCUCCUACAGCCUUCUGCAGAGCACUGAUCUCAUCAUAGGGACCUAGGAUCAGGGAGGUGCCAGUGUCCACCAUGGCCUCACAGCCACCUUUACACAGCUUGACAUCCUCUCCAACGCUCAAACUGCCAAAGACACCAAAAUAUUUAGUUAGAGAAAUAUACUGAACAAAAAUAUAAACCCAACAUGCAACAAUUUCAACAAUUUUACUGAGUUACAAUUCAUAUAAGGAAAUCAGUCAAUUGAAAUAAAUGAAUUAAGCCUUAAUCUAUGGAUUUCACAUGAAAGGGCAUAGGCACACCCACAGGGGAGCCAGGCGACAUUAUGAGGGAACACGGCUGGCAAGGAAGCCUGAGAGCCAGCCCCCCCCAAAAUGUUUGGGGCACACGGGAGUGUGGCUGAGUCAGGUUGGAGACCUGAGCCAACUCCCCGUACUUACCGUGGCGAGCAUGUGACUGGUCAGGCCCCGUGCAAUGGGGUGAUGCGCACUGUGUCGCCGGUACUGUCACGCCCUGACCUUAGAGAUCAUUUUUAUGUCUUUAUUUUGGUUUGGUCAGGGCGAGAGUGGGCAUUCUAUGUUUUGUGUUUCUAUGAUUUUCUAUGUUUUGGCAGGGUAUGGUACUCAAUCAGGGACAGCUGUCUAUUGUUUUCUCUGAUCGGGAACCAUACUUUGGUACCCUUUUUCCCACCUGUGUUUGUGGGAAGUUAACUUUGUUUGAUGGCACAUAGCCUGAAGCUUCACGGUUUGUUUUGUAUUGUUUUGUCAGCGUCAUUUCAAAUUAAAGAGAAAAUGUAGACUUA